GCGCACGCCACAACGCCCAGUGUGCUUCCCUUCGAGAUGGCGCUAUUUCACUUACAAUGGGGAACUUUGAGUGGCCAUGGCAGUAUGAAUUUCCACCGUUUUUCUCAAUACAACCAAAUUUGGAAACAAGGAAAAAACAACUACAAGCUUGGUGUGAUCUAUUUUUAGCAUUUCAUAAAUACCACAGAAUAUACACAGUAGAUCUGAAAGAAGCGGCAAGCAGUGAAUUAUUCAACAAUACAAAGCUAAACCGUAAAUUGUCAGGAGAAGGAAUAUUAUUAGUCUUGGAAGAGCUUAGGCAAAAGGGAAACAUUGAAUGGACAGACAAAGCAAAAACAAGAUGCCUUGUAAUGUGGAGGACACCUGAAGAAUGGGGAAAUCUCAUUUAUAAAUGGGCAAGUAAUAAUGGAAUGAACAACUCAGUGUGUACUCUUUAUGAAAUAGCACAAGGAGAAGAUACUAGGGAUGAAGAGUUCUAUGGACUAGAAGAUUGGCUGCUGAAAAGAUCAUUGAAAUGUCUGGAAAGACAAAGGAAAGCAGAACUUAUGUCUUUUGAUGGGAACGAAGGGGUUAAAUUUUUCUAGCACUGAUAUUUAUAGAUAAAUGAAAGUAGUUGCAGUAAACAUAGUUUCAUGAGAAAGUCUGUAAAAUAAAUAACGAUAAAUUGUUGCUUUAUCAAUAUGGAUCGAGAUCUGGAAAAUCAAUUACUUUCCUGCUGAGGAAUAUGAAUUCUCCAACAACAAUCUGCAAUGCAAAAUAAUAUUGGAUGGAAACGUUCAGCACAAGACCAUAUAUUUGUGGCUUAUGUUUCCGGUUGAUGUUAUUUUCCUAUGGUUGCAAUGCAAGCCAAAAUAAUCAACAUCAGAAUGCAGAUACAUAUAACAAGCUUGAUCAUAUGAUAGGGAUAAAUAUAACAUUAAAGGGGAAUGAAACCUUUGGAACAAAUAGGCUUGUGUAGAAACAGAAA